AUGGCUGAAGAAACUUUUGAGCGUCAGAAAAGGCCGCAAUUUGGCAACCGAUUUCUUACUGAUUCAAAGAAUGUUUUUCAACAUAAUGCAUGGGACAAUGUUGUCUGGGAUGAAGAGCAAGAAGCGGAGGCAAAAUCGAAAGUUGCAUUGAAUUCAACAGUUUUGAUGUCAGAAGAGAAGCAAGAAAAGAUAGCAAAUGAAGCGGACAAACAUUGGGACACAUUCUACCAGAUCCAUCAAAACAGAUUCUUCAAGGACCGUCACUGGCUUUUCACAGAAUUUGCUGAACUUGCUUCGAAUGUGUCAUUAGAUGGAGUACCUGUGCGUAAACCAGAAGAUGGUGUUCCGGAGUGUGGGAAUGAUGAGUUAUCCGCUAUUUUGAGCUCUCAGAAAAUACCAGCUGAAGACACGAUUACUGGAGCUGGGGAGAAAAUACCAGCUGAAGACACGAUUACUGGAGCUGGGGAGAAAAUGCCAGCUGAAGACACCAUUACUGGAGCUGGGGAGAAAAUACCAGCUGAAGACACCAUUACUGGAGCUGGGGAGAAAAUGCCAGCUGAAGACACCAUUACUGGAGCUGGGGAGAAAAUACCAGCUGAAGACACCAUUACUGGAGCUGGGGAGAAAAUGCAUGUAUCGGAUGACGACACUAGUUCUGGAGCUGGGGAGAAAAUACCGGGUAAUAAAGGAAUUGCGACAGUGACAGAGCGAACGGACCAAAACCUUGGUACAGAUGCCAUACGGUACGCUUACCCUGGGAGUGGAUCUACUUACAGGAUAUUAGAAAUAGGAUGUGGUGCUGGCAAUACAGUCUUCCCCGUCUUGCAGACAAACAAUGACCCAGGGUUGUUCGUGUAUUGUUGUGAUUUCUCUGGUGUUGCUGUGGACAUUGUUAAGAACCAUCGAGACUAUGACGUGACAAGAUGCCAUGCAUUUGUCUACGACGUGACCGAAGAUGAAACCUUUCCAUUCCCUGAGAAGAGCCUUGAUGUCAUUGUGCUGAUAUUUGUAUUGUCAGCCAUCAAGCCGGACAGGAUGCAGUAUGUUGUAACAAAGCUUGCCACAUUCCUGAAACCAGGCGGCAAAAUCCUUUUCCGUGAUUACGGUCUCUACGAUAUGGCACAGCUACGGUUCAAAGAGGGGCGCUGCUUGUCUGAUAACUUCUAUGCGCGGGGAGAUGGCACCAGAGUCUACUUUUUCACACAAGAUGAAUUACGGAAUUUGUUCACGACGGCAGGACUGGAGGAAGAACAGAACAUGAUUGAUCGGAGGUUGCAGGUCAAUAGGGGGCGCCAGUUAAAGAUGUAUCGUGUCUGGAUCCAAUGCAAAUAUACGAAACCACUGAGAUAACAAAUGGAACAAAGUUUAUCAACGGACAAUGUUUUUUGUCUAAAAAUCGAUUCCAAAUUCUCACGCGUAAUCACCUCCUCAUCCCAGAAUUCAUCGACGUUCGGAUUCUCUUCCCAGUCCUCGUUAUCCUGCGACAUGAUUGCAGUGCAAACAAUGACAAUUUUUACACCACAAGAGUCCAGAGAUUAGACCUCGAAAAUCACAACCAGACGGUGCUUAAACUAUACGAUAUUGUCGAAACGAACAGUUCAGUAAACAAACAGGACUUCAACAGGCAGCAUCAGCAGCAAAGACGAGCUGGUCAGCAACAACAACGAUACAAGUCUCUCAACAUAGCACUAGAUCCAGUCAGUCAAUGAGUCACCAUCAUCACCCUGGAUUUCAUACACUGCACAGGCAUUGCACACACUUCAUGUAUAUGGAUACUGUACAUCAGCAUACAGGGACAGAAUUUCCCUGCUACACGGCAGCAACACAGUUCAAUGUAUGGCGAAAUGCACUAUAGCCCACGAGGCUCGCAAAUCGUGACUUCAUUUCGCGAGAUCGACACAAGCUUUUCACCUUCAAAGUCUACUUUUUACAGUCUUAUCAUUAUCUUAUUAAUCUCGGUAGAACCUCCAAUUGUUACUGGUGUCAUUCUGGUACUUAGUUCAAUCGAACAACACCGUAAUUAAAAUGAAUAAACGUUUUCUUUUAAUAAAUCUUCUCACUUUCUUCUUACAAAAUCGGAUGCUUUCGCUAAUGUGUGCCUCCAGGAGUCCCGGAGCUGACCUCCACAAAGCAUGUAAAAGACACACAAGGAAUUUCGGAAGUGACUUGUCACAACCUGUGACACAUUGAGCAAUAUGAAUGUCUCUACUGCGCUUUAGCAGUUUUUCUCUUCCGACGUUGAGGAACCUUGGGCUGGACUACAUCAUCCUCACUUGAACUGUCAUUAGUGCCAAUGUUUUCAACUGGUGCAGGGCAGGUUAUGUCAGCCGUCUCUUCUGUAAAAAAUUCUCUGAUGCUCUUGUACAGAUAGUUCUGCCUUUUUAAAUCCAAUCCUGGUGUAGUCAUGGGCGUAGGUCGCUGUGCUGGUGGGACGACUCUGUUCGAUUUAAUCAGGCACGUUCCAGUUUCUUCAGAGUCAGAAAAUUCCUUAUGGAAGAUCCAGCCUGGGUGGUUGCUGUCCAUUCUGAAAGUACACAAAAAAUAAAGAGUAAGUCAAAAUGCAGCACUUUUGCUCUACUUCAUUCCCUUAAUUUGUGCUAACCAUUACAGUUACAAACAAUGUACAAGUGCACUCCAUGCAAGCACAUUGAUUGUUGUCUUUCACUUGUGCAGUUACCAUGAUUACCAAUACCACAACAAUGCUGUGUUAGUUCCUUUUGAAAUCAUAGCUAAAAAAAUAAUGUUAUUACUGUUGAGUGCCAUGAGAGAGAGCAAGAGAGUGGUUGCAUCAAAGUUUAACUUGGC